UAUUCCUUCCAACGCCUUGUGGUGCGGUUUCUUUCUCUCGGUCUGGGUUCGUUUUCUACGUUGUUUACCUUCACAAGCCCUUGCAAACCACAGUUGAUUCCACAUACAGCGCACCACUCCAAGCAAUUGCUGCGAUACCGAGCCAAGUCGCGAUACAGUUUAUGACGUCCAGCUCUUAUCGCGAAGCUUUGUAAAACAAGACAGACCUAUCUGUUUGCUCCGGCUAGAUUACACCGCGUGAUCCUUUCGUGGAUGUGAAAAUACAUAGCAAAAAGAGACUGGCUCGGAGCGAUUAACUGAGGCUCGCGUCUGUGGAUGUCCACCGCAAAGACAUCAUUGAAAACGAAAGCAUGGCACAUCGACGUGUUCCCGUGUACCACGUGAUUGACGGCCUAAAGUAUGCGAAGACUUACCUGCCGGAGAGUGUGCGCAAUGCCCGAGACUACAUGCCACACGACAACGACUUGAUACUCGUGUCUUACCUCAAAUGUGGCAACAACUGGCUGGAGCAGAUCAUCCAACUGAUUCUUCACAGGGGUGAAAGCGCCGAAAACUACGCCGAGUUCCACCGGCGGUGUCCGUACCCAGAGAUGACCGGUAUGCGGUAUCUGAACGAGAUGCAGCCACCACGGUUCUUCAAGACGCACUUCUCGUACGAGCAGCAGCUAAAGAACCCCCGAGCGAAGUACAUUUACCUGACGCGUAAUCCGCUGGACGUCUGCGUCUCAUUCUACUACUACGUGAGGGGUGCUGCUAGUUACGAGUUUGAUGACGGCACCUUCGACGACUUCGUCCAGGCUUUCGUCGCUGGAGAUGUAGAGCGUGGUGAUUACUGCGAUCACCUCCUCUCCUGGUAUCCACAUCGGCACGAACGAAACGUGUUAUUUGUCACCUACGAGCAGCUGAAAAAAGAUUUCAAGAACGCGGUUCUAAACUUGGCAGGAUUUAUGGGCAAACAGUAUCGUGACAUGCUGGAGUGCUGAUGAAAACUAUUUACGCGAAUGUCGUCGAUAGAAGUGCCGUUCCCUUCAUGUCCAAAGUAUGUUACGUCGACGAGGCGCUUUUGAAUUCGUUGACCGAGAUAGAUAGGCCCUUCGUGGAAGGUUAUCGCCGUUUCACGGCGACCACUAACAGUCGCCUAAAGAGCGGCAAGAAUAUCGUGAGAAAAGGUGUGGUAGGUGAUUGGAGGUCUCACUUCACUCAGCGCCACAUAGAUCUAUUUCGUGAGUGGAUUGCGAGGAAGCAGGCAUCUGGAGUGAUUAAGGAGAUCUGGGGAGCUAUGGACCUGGGUGGAAUCAUUUGAAAUGUUGGUGACAAGCUUUAGUGACUUGACUCCUUUACGCAUAUUGUGGCGAAUAAGGUGUCCACGUGAUGUUCACUAUAGUAUGACAGGCGUCCCGUCGAGCCCCGAAAUCAUAAAACUUUACGAUGAGUGUUGCGUCGUAAAUUGUGAUACAGGAUGUCGCGAUGAAGCAAUGCAUCCGCUUCGUACAAUUACAAGUGUGCAAUUUCCGGCAUUUGUUAUGCGUUGAGAGCUCGACAAACGCACAUCUCGUGAAAGGGUUUUGUCGAUUCGUUUUCUUCAUUUUUUCCGCAGCAGUGUUGAAACAAAAAAUGCAUGAUAAGCAAUAACGUACAAUUGGAAAGAUGGUGUAUGGAAGGUUCGUUACUUUUCAUUAUUUCGACCUCUUGAUACUUAAGCAACGCUGCUUUAGAUAACUAAGUACAGAAUCAAAUGCAUAUACCAGGAUAUUCUUUCAAUGACCCUUUCUUGUGCCUUCAUAACCGUGACGUUCUUCAACAUAUCGUUGAAGAACGUCUAUAGUCAACACAUUUGCUGAAGAACGUCGUACGUAUAUAGUUUCACAACGUAUUCAUCGUACAAGAAAUACAGUCCGACGUCUUAACGCGCUGUGUAUGUUACAAAAUAAAUCUUGUUU